CACCUUCUUUUUCAGAAUCCUCAGCCGAGUCGCAGUGACGCCAAUCUUGGACAAUCUUUUCGGACUUUUGCAGAGCGAAAUAAUUUUGUCGUCCACAAACAUUGGACAGCGACAGGAGCACCCGGACCCAGAUCAGGACCAGGAGCGGGGGCCGGACACCCACCAGGACCCGGACCGGCACCGGCGGAUUGAGGAUGUCCCGCGCGGAGGAUCGCGAGGAGGCGGACUGCGUGUGCUCCUUCGGCAUGAAGUCCACUUGGGACAUCAACGACCCCAAACUCCCGCAGGACACGAAGCAGUUUGACGCCUUCCAGGAGUGGACGGACGGUUACGUGCGCUACAUCUACAGCGGUGAGAAACCAGCGGUCGUUGCGGAGCAAAUGCGACGACAUCCUGCUAAGCUGAUGUUGUUUUUAGCGGAGGACAAGAACGCUCAGCGCCACUUGUCGGGCUGGGCCAUGAGGAACACCAACAACCACAACUGUCAGAUCCUGAAGAAGUCGUGUUUGGGCGUGGUGGUUUGCUCUCGAGGCUGCGCGCUGGCCGACGGUUCGCGACUGCAACUGCGGCCCGCCAUCUGUGACAAGGCGCGGCAGAAGCAGCAGAAGAAAGUUUGUCCGAGUUGUAGCGGCGCUCUGGAGCUGCUCCCGUGUCGAGGCCACAGUGGGUACCCCGUCACCAACUUCUGGAGGGUGGACGGGAAAGCCAUCUUCUUCCAGGCCAAAGGAGUCCACGACCAUCCGAGACCGGAGUCCAAGUCCGAGACGGAGGCCAGGAGAAGUUCGGUAAAAAGACGAGUAAGCUCGCCUCCGUUCGCACCAAAAAGACGCCUUGUUGAAUCCCAGGCUCUCGGUCCCGCCCUACUCUCCUGCGUCGAGUCUGCAGACCGGAUCUCCUUUAUUGAACCGAGCUUCCCGCAGCAUUACCCAGCAUUCCAAAGUACAGAACCUUACUACAACCCCCACAAUGGCCUGGGAGAGACCUCCCCCAGCCUGCAAAAGACAGCCAGUCCCAGACUCUACAUGGGUAGACCCGGUUACGAGUUCCAAGGCUACCUGACCUCACCUGCAUAUCCGGUCACCUCGGAACUUUGCGAUCCCAGGGUGGCUCCGGUCCUGGGUUGUCCGACGUCCUCGGCGUCUGCUCCCCUUUCGUCUUCCUCAUCCUCCUCCUCCUUUGAUCCGCCGCCGCCGAAACCAGGCUGGAAGGAUCUCCUGAAAAGUUCCGGUCCGUACAGUGACAACCACCAUUAUUACAGUCCGGACUAUCCCUGCCGCUACCCUGGAAACCCCCCGGCUUCUCCAGCUGCACUACAGACCAUCAUCACCACCACAACCAAAGUGUCGUAUCAGCCGUGCCCGAAGGGCACCCCCUACCAGUCGUGUCCCAAGGUCCAGUCCGGGCUCCCCGGCUGCUCCUCGCUGCUGGACGAGUCGUCCUCGUCGUACUCGGCCGAAGUGAAGGUGACGGACGAGUCGGGCGGCGUCAUCAAGUCUCUUUCAUUUCAGCCCGAAGUCGUGCAGACCAAAACGGAGCGAGCGGACGCCUACGACUAUCGCUACGGCUAUGCCAACGCGUUCCGUUACGAGGACUACUGACGCGCCGCCACUCCGCUACCUCCUUACCUCCGUUACCGUGACAACUGAACCGGGGAAACGACAUCUACUGCGACGGGAUGCUUUGAGGAAAACUCGCUUUCUUUUGGGCCCGCCACAGAACCGAACAUGACACAUUUGAACGCAAACCCAUUUCGAGAAAAACUUUUGCUGAGCUUUGUGGCCACAAAGUCCUUGCAGCGAAGCACUUGGGAUUUGGGGAAUUUCAAAAAAAAACCACGACAACAACUAAGACAAAAAAGUUAGCGUGUGCAAGAUAUGCUAGCAUAUUGUCAAGUAAGCAUGUUGCUUAGCGUUUGCCAGUUUGGAACAUUUCAUCUCGGAGACCAAAGCGAGCGUCACGCCGUUCGACGCAUCGAGGACGUUUUGGUCUUCGGACUCCUCGGAUCCAUUGUGAUUUCCAAUGUUCUCAAUGACUUGCUGUCAUUCAACAAAUGGCAUGGCGUUUGUCUUAUUUAUUGAUCAUCGACUUGUCCUGUCACUGACUUCCGACGACCUCAUCUUUGAUCAUUCACGCGGACACACACACAGAGUCACACACGCACAUACAUACACAAACGUGGAGUGUGCGAGUCUGCAGACCACAUCUCCUUUAUUAAACCGAGCUUCACAGUGCGGCUCUGGUGGGGGCGGCGGGCCCCCCGCCAAAAACAUUCACCAAUUCACCAAGUCCGGCCCCCCGUUGUCGAUCAACCGGUAGAGGCGCCACCUUGGGCAAUCACCGCCACAGGACACACACACACACACACACACACACACCGUCCUUGGUUGCGCCGUCUCGGACUCUUCGAAUGAUGACAACCCGAGAGCGAGUCAAGUUUUGGCAGCGUUUGUCCGUUCACUAAAGCAUUAAGACAAGAACGAGUGUGUAAGCAUACGACGUGUGUGUGUGUGUGUGUGUGUGUGUGUAAUAAACUUGUAUGGACAGGAA